GGCUCGGCUCUGAGGACCCAGCUCAGCCAGCUUCUCCUGGCGGCCCCUUCUGCCUGGGCCCAGUGUCUACUCACUCGGCAGCUCUUCUGCUGCCAAGAUGCCAUCACCACGGACAGUGACCUCUGGGCAGGAGCUGCGCAGCCCCCGGGAUCCCGCGGAGCUGCAGACCCCAGCGCGGGGUGCUCGGCGGGCCAGUGGCGGGGAUGCGCCCAGCACUCACCGUGAGGACUUGCGGCCCAGCCUGGGCACCCUUCGGCGGGCCUUCUCCCGCGCGAGCCAGCGGGCCCCGGGCCGGGCCCCUGAGGAGAACCGGCGCAGCUCCCGUUUCCCGUUCCGCUCCCCAUGGCGCGCUGACCAGCCCCAGGCCACUGCUGUGCCAGCGCUCGCCCAUGGCCCGGACGUGCCCUCAAGGGUCGAGGAUGGUGUCAGCCAGCCGUCGUCCACUGGGGUGGGGCCUGAGGAACCGGAAGCUGAGGCAGGCAAAUCUGUGGCCGACCUCAUCACUGAGCGGCAACUGCUGGCGGCCUUCGAACAGCUGCGGCACCUGGAGACGCAGCUAGUGGCCGAGAAAGCCUCGCGCACCUUCGAGCAGGACCCCACGGGCUUCGCGCGGCGCGCCAUGGACGUGUGCCUGCACUAUGACGGACUGGCCGCCGAGAUCGGCUCGAUCGUGCGCGAGACGCUGGGCCCGGACGGCGUGGACGCGGCCGCGCUCGCCGAGCUGGCCCACGUGGUGCGCGCCGAAGAGGAGGCCCACCCCGCGCCACCUGCCGACGGCGACUUCCUGCUCACGCCGCGCCGCUGGCGCCAGCACUGGGAGGACGCGGUGCGGCGGAGCGCACGGGAGCGCGUGCAGCGGGCGGGCGCGGGUGCGGCCCCGGGGGUGGCUGAGGGGUCUCCGGGCCUGGCCUGGCUUCUGGCCGAGCUCGGCGGCUUGGUUCGCCGCGACCUGCAGAAAGUGCAGCUGGAGGUGCGGCCCGCUUACGCGGCUGCCGGCUUCUCGGUAUGGGAAACCUACCUGCGCGCCUUCCACGGCGCGGUGGCCCAGCGCCUCCAGGAGCUUGUGCACGAUGCCCGCGGCUGCGAGGACCUCUACGUCCUACUGGACUGGGCCGCCAAUGUCUACGGCAGUCCUGACUUCCUGGGCACCCCGGACCUAGCUCUGCCCACCGAGCCGCUGCCCCCGCUCCUGGCACCCGAAGUGUGGGCUCGACUGGAGAGCGACUACACCAGCUUCCUCGAGACCAAGAUCACGAGCUGCUUCGAUGGCAUCCUGCAGCUGGAGCAGAGCCGCUGGGCAGCCUCGGAGGCCAGCGACGUGCUGCAAGGCCGGUACCACACGCCGCUGUCCACCGACGUCCAUAUGCUAGUGGCAGAGCACGUGAAGGCGGCCGGUGCCAUCUCCGCGGACCUGGAGGCCACCACUCUGCGGAUCUGUGCAAGGGCGCUCGGCCUCUUCGUGCCCAGGUUCGAAAAGGUUUUUCUGGAGUCAGAGUCGGUGAGUGAGCCGCACCUGGGCGCCAACAUCAACGCCUGCGAGGAGCUCAGGACCAGUCUUCUGGCCAGGUUCCCGGGAACCUUUGAGGAGUUGGAGAAGCCCCUGGUGGCUGCCACCUGCAACUUCCAGAAGCGGCUGCUCCAGGGCUUGCAGCGUGAUGUGCAGCCACUCUUCAAGGUCCUGUGCACCAAGGCCUGGCUGACACAGGACGUGCUGCGGCCCCUCAUGGAGAAGGUGGUCGCCUUUGCCCGCCACCUGGAGCACGUCGCCCCGCCGUGGGCGCAGGAGACCCUGCAGGAGGCACACCGCUAUGUGGUCCGUGAGUACCUGGUGCAGGCGCUGAGGCCACGUGAGCGAUUCCGGGGUGUGGAGCGCUUGACGGGCUCCCAGAAGAUGAGCCUCGACGCCCAGGCCAUUGGCGACACCUUCCAAGGCUUGGGCUCUGAGGCCACGUGGCUGGGCCAAGCUAUCCUAUGCGUGGCUGACAUACUGGGCGAGACUUACAAAGACGACAUCCGGCGGCACCUGGAGACACUCAUCAGGAGCUACCCUGACAUCAGGCGGGACCACGUGCUGGCCAUUCUGGCUCUGCGCCGACUGGGCCGCCGUCGGAACCAGCACCUCUUGCAGCACGCGCAGGACCUGCUGAGGGCUGCAGCCAAGGCAGGGGGCUCCGGGGCCGCUGGGGGCCAUGUGCUCUUCGAGGAGAUUGAGGUGCCCACCUCCGUGGACGUGCUAAUCACCUGCAUCUAGCACUCCUGGGCCUG